AGACGUCCAGCAGCUGAUCGGUAAUCCAGAAGAAGUUUCCCCUCAGUUAGGGGGGAGCUCCACUUUGAAGCAGGAGACUCCACAACCACCCUGCAUUAAAAAGGAAGAGGAGGAACUCUGCAUCACUCAGGAGGGAGAGUGUCUUCUAGGACGAGAGGAAGCUGAUUACACCAAGUUUCCACUGAGUAUUCUCUCUGUGAAGACUGAAGAUGAUGAAGAGAAACCACAAGUAGACAACCUCUUAGCUCCACUAUCAGAUAGUGAGGCUGAAGACGAGGUUGAAGAACCUUUGAGCAGCGAUAAAGACUGUGAAGGUGAUAUGAGGACUCACACUGACAACAAACACUCUGAAUGCUCUACAAAGAAGAGAGGUAAAACAUGUUUGAGCUGCUCAGUUUGUGCUGAAAGUUUUACUAAAAAGAGCCUUUUGACUCAACACAUGAGAACACACACAGGAGAAAAACCAUUCAGUUUGUGUUCAGUUUGUGGCAAAAGCUUUUCUCGAAAUAGCUUGUUGAGUCGACACAUGAGAACACACACAGGUGAAAAACCUUUUAAAUGUUCAGUUUGUGGCAAAAGCUUUUCUCGAAAUAGCUAUUUGACUGAACACAUGAGAACACACACAGGUGAAAAACCUUUUAAUUGUUCAGUUUGUGGCAACAGCUUUUCUCAAUAUAGCUCUUUGACUCAACACAGGAGAACACACACAGGAGAAAAACCAUUUAAUUGUUCAGUUUGUGGCAAAAGCUUUUCUCAAAAUAGCUCUUUGACUCAACACAUGAGAACACACACAGGUGAAAACACAUUUAAAUGUUCAGUUUGUGGCAAAAGCUGUUAUGUUGAGAGAUAUUUGACUGAACACAUGAGAACACACACAGGUGAAAAACCAUUUAGUUGUUCAGUUUGUGGCAAAAGUUUUUCUUUUAAGGGCAGUUUGAUUGAACACAUGAGAACACACACAGAUGAAAAACCUUAUAAGUGUUCAGUUUGUGGCAAAAGCUUUUCUGUUAAGAGAAUAGUGAAUCGACACAUGAGAACACACGGGACUAAGACCAUUUAAUUGUUCAGUUUGUGGUAGAAGCUUUCAUCAUAAUUAUCUUAUCCACUCAUGACCCCCUUCUUCAGUCCAGGGACCUGGGGCCUCAUGUGUCAAGUUUGUGCACGCUCAAAAACCUGCACUACACCCUUUUUCACUGCAAAGUUGAGAUGUAUCAAAACUGACGUUGACGCAGAAGUGAUGCUGGGUAACUGUUUGCAUAACAAAGUGUAAAUUUUUACUCCUCAGACUGAUUGAUGUGCAAAUCAGAGACAUAUGAACAAUUAACACCCACAACCCAACCCCCACCUCCCUCGACAUUCGGGCAUAACAGGUUCAAUCCGGCCCGCGAGAUGAGUUUGCGAAGUGUAAAAUUCAGCUGCAUUUUUUAAUGAAAUAAACUGCUGUUCUAAAUGUGUCCA